AUGACCUCAAACCUCGUCUCCACGGCUGGAGAAGCCCCAAAUAUUGCCAUUGUUGGCGGUGGUCUAAUUGGAGUUAUGCUUGGUCUCGGCCUCUCACAUCGCGGGAUCCCCUUUACUAUCUACGAACGCGCUUCUCACUGGCAUGAGAUUAGUGCCGGUAUCGCCCUGACCGGUAUUGCACAUCAAAGUAUGCAGAAACUCCAUCCAGGCAUCCUCCCUGCGCUUCGUCGAGUCGCAAAUCCCAACCAUUUCAGCUUUUGGGACGGUUUCCAUCCCUCAACCAGGGAGGCAGGCCAAGCCCCUGAGGCUCUCUACUUUUUGCUAGAUGGUCCUGGAACUGAUUAUUGGUGCUGUAUGAGGUCUCAAUUUCUCAGCGAGUUGGUUGCUCUGCUCCCCGAGGGAUCUACCCACUUCAACAAGGAGCUCGAUAGUUAUGUAGACGAGCCAAGUCACCGACAGGUAGUUUUGCAGUUUACGGAUGGAACUACUGCCGAAGCGGAUGUUUUACUCGGCUGUGAUGGCAUCCAUUCACGGACCAGGCAGCUCCUUUUCGGGGAAGAUAACCCGGUAUCACACGCUAGUUUCACUCAUCAGCUGGCUUACCGCGCAACUGUCCCUAUAUCUGAAGCAAUGGAUAUAUUGGGUGAGGAGAAAGGAGGCAGCGGUUUCUGUGUUCACAUUGGUCCAAACGCUUAUGUGCCAUCCUAUCCCAUGCUGAAUGGGGCCGAGAAGAUUCUCAAUCUAGUGACAGUUAUCUAUACUCCAGAGCCAUGGUCUCAUGGCCAAAAAAUGGUAGCCCCAGCAACCCACGAGGAAGUUGCCAAAGUCUUCGAAGGUUGGAGCCCCCAUGUCUGUGACCUCAUUUCUAAAUUUCCUGAAAAGCUCAUGAAAUGGGGUAUCUUUGACAUGGCUGACCACCCGGCACCGACAUAUGCCAGAGGUCGCGUCGCCAUCCUUGGUGACGCUGCUCACGCCAGCACACCAUUCCUCGGUUCCGGUGGAGCCAUGGGCAUAGAAGAUGCACUGGCGAUGGCGUCCGCAAUGCAUGAUGUCAGUAAAACUACACCAAGUACUAUGUCCAUCCCCGCUGCACUACAGGCAUUUAGUGCGGUACGGCUGGAAAGAUCACGUUGGUUGGUACAGAGUUCGCGGGAGAUGGGCGUUAUAUUCCAGUGGCGAGAUUCUUCAGCUGGCAAUGAUGGCACGCGGUUUAGGGAGGAGGCCGAGCAUCGGAUGAAUGAGGUGUGGGAAUUUAAUGCUGGUGACAUGGUUGACCAGAUCCGAGCGGAGUUUGAGCAGAGGGUAUCUGCAAAAGUUUAA